AACUUCGCGCACGCAUUUCGCGAGCCGGAGACGGUCAGACCGGCCCAGAAGGUUGUCGCUCGGCCUGCACCGCGCGGCCCUGACCUUAGGAGCCAAGGCUUUCCUUCAGCACAUUUGAACAGAUCAUUUAGAGAGAGCCUGUCACUCCGGGCGCCAUGUGUGGCAUCUGGGCCCUCUUUGGCAGCGAUGACUGCCUGUCUGUUCAGUGUCUGAGUGCGAUGAAGAUUGCACACAGGGGUCCAGAUGCAUUUCGUUUUGAGAACGUCAAUGGAUACACCAACUGCUGCUUUGGAUUUCAUCGGUUGGCAGUGGUUGACCAGCUGUUUGGGAUGCAGCCAAUUCGAGUGAAGAAAUUCCCGUAUUUGUGGCUUUGUUACAACGGUGAAAUCUAUAACCAUAAGACGAUGCAGCAUCACUUUGGAUUUGAAUACCAGACCAAAGUGGAUGGUGAGAUCAUCCUACACCUUUACGACAAAGGAGGCAUUGAGCAGACCAUCUGCAUGCUGGACGGAGUGUUUGCGUUCAUCUUACUGGACACUGCCAACAAGAAGGUGUUCCUGGGUAGAGAUACUUACGGAGUCAGACCGCUGUUUAAAGCCAUGACUGAAGAUGGAUUUUUGGCUGUGUGUUCAGAAGCUAAAGGGCUGGUUACGCUGAAGCACUCCACCACCCCCUUCUUGAAAGUGGAGCCCUUUCUUCCGGGCCACUACGAAGUUUUGGAUUUGAAGCCGAAUGGCAAAGUCGCCUCCGUGGAAAUGGUCAAAUACCAUCACUGCAGGGAUGAGCCCCUGCACGCCCUCUACGACAGUGUGGAGAAGCUCUUCCCAGGCUUUGAGAUAGAAACGGUGAAGAGCAACCUCCGGAUCCUUUUUGACAACGCCGUGAGGAAGCGGCUGAUGACCGACCGGAGGAUCGCCUGCCUCUUGUCAGGGGGUCUGGACUCCAGCCUCGUGGCUGCCACGCUGUUGAAGCAGCUGAAGGAGGCCAAGGUGCAGUACGCGCUGCAGACUUUUGCCAUCGGCAUGGAGGACAGCCCCGAUCUGCUGGCCGCGAGGAAGGUAGCAAACCACAUUGGAAGUGAACACCACGAAGUCCUCUUUAACUCAGAGGAGGGCAUUCAGGCCCUGGAUGAGGUCAUAUUUUCCUUGGAAACUUACGACAUCACGACAGUUCGUGCUUCAGUAGGGAUGUAUUUAAUUUCCAAGUACAUUCGCAAGAACACAGACAGCGUGGUGAUCUUCUCGGGGGAGGGAUCGGAUGAGCUGACCCAGGGUUACAUCUAUUUUCACAAGGCCCCUUCUGCCGAGGAGGCCGAGGAGGAGAGCGAGAGGCUGCUGCGGGAGCUGUACCUGUUUGACGUCCUCCGUGCGGAUCGCACCACCGCCGCCCACGGUCUGGAGCUGAGAGUUCCAUUCCUGGAUCACCGGUUCUCCUCCUAUUACUUGUCUCUGCCCCCGGAAAUGAGAGUGCCAAAGAACGGGAUAGAAAAACACCUCCUACGAGAGACAUUUGAGGACUCCAACCUGAUCCCCAAAGAGAUUCUCUGGAGACCGAAGGAAGCCUUCAGUGACGGGAUAACCUCAGUGAAGAAUUCCUGGUUUAAGAUUUUGCAGGAAUAUGUCGAGCAUCAGGUUGACGACGCGAUGAUGGCAGCGGCGGCCCAGAAGUUUCCCUUCAAUACCCCGAAAACCAAGGAGGGCUAUUACUACCGACAGAUCUUCGAGCGCCACUACCCAGGCCGGGCCGACUGGCUGACCCAUUACUGGAUGCCCAAGUGGAUCAAUGCCACCGACCCUUCCGCCCGCACGCUCACCCAUUACAAGUCAGCCGCCAAAGCCUAGGGGCUCCCCGUGCUCCCCAGCGAGAGUAAAUGUGACCUGUGGUGUGUGUGUCAGUUCGGGGCUGGGGACCCAGCUGGGAGAGACAAGGGCUGACCACGCAGACUUACUUGAGUGUAAAGAAAAUAAACAUGUUACAUCUAA